AUGACUGUCACGCAGACGCCGUCGGGUGGCCUCCAGAGCCAAGGUCCCGCCGCGUCCAUGUCAUCAGACAACACUGGCCUUAUCGUCGGAACAACAGUCGGCGGGAUCGCAUUCAUCGGUAUCGUCGCUACGCUCCUGUUCUUCGUAUUCCGAUGGAACACGAAGCGAGACCGAAGGCGCAAGAUCCAGGACGAGUUUGAUCUCGGCGGCCAAGGAAUGUACGACCCAGGAUAUCACCGAGAUGCCAGCGGAGACAUGGACGAGGUUGACCACUUCACGCCCUACCCGUUUAUCGCGCCGAUGAGUUACGGUACCAACGCCUGGGACGUGGACCACGGUUGGAACAAUGGACGCUUCGAGGAUCCCCGUGCGACAGGAAACGCAGGCGUCCCUACGUUGCCUUCGAACGGGUCGUUCCCCUUGUUCCCCUCUCCGUCUUUGCCAUAUCCAGUCGCGUCGGAAAUGUCUUCUCUGCCAUAUCCAGUCGCGUCGGAAAUGUCGUCUCUGCCAUAUCCAGCGUCCACGACAUUGCCGCCGACACGUGCUGCUACCCGCGACACAUCCUUCCCGCCUCAGCCCGAGUCGAUGCGCCGAACCGCGACCACAACAGCGCUUGCGGCGGCUGCGGGUCGCGAGAACAAGGCGGAGGCGGAGAGACGACGCACUCGCUCGUUUCACCAGGCUCGGCCCUCGGACUCGGUCCUGCGACCAGGGCCACCGGUGCAGGCAGAGGAUGGCGGAUUCGUGGCAGAUGGCGGUGAGAUACCGCCGGUAUACCGGCACGAGUGGGAGGCGCAACGGCAGCGUCUGAACCAUGGUGCGGUUUUAUGA